AUGGGGGGAGCUCCUUCCUUCUCAUCAUCCAUGGCUGAAUUCAUCGACACCAUCCAUGACGCUUGCUUCAUUGAUGCAGGAUAUUCUGGUUCCAUCUUCACUUGGUGUAACAACAGGUCGGGGAGGGGGCGACAAUGGGCCAGGCUUGACAGAAUGCUUGUUAAUGCAAGCUGGCUGAGAUUGUUUCCUAAGUUCGGAGUGGAUCACAUAACAAGGGCCUACUCGGAUCACUCCCCAAUCACCAUGACCUUCAAUGAUGAAUUAGCCAAUUUUCCUCGGCCUUUCCAAUUUCAAAGAAUGUUGACCACCCAUCAAGUCUUCAUAAGGGUUGUUAGAGAAGCCUGGGAAAUAGAGAUGGUAGCUGCCCCAAUGUUCAAAGUCUUCAUUAAGAUGAAGCUUCUAAAGAGGAAACUAAAAGACUGGAAUAGAGCUAUUUUUGGAGAUGUGCACAGUAAUGUUCAGAAGGCAGAGGACGAGCUAGCUAGAGCUGAAAACUCCCUCCUCUCCUCCAACUCAGAAACUGAUUUAGUGCGCCUGAAAUCAGCCCAGGAGAGUCUCAAGCUAGCACAACUUCAGGAAGAAUUAUUUUGGAAGCAGAAGUCAAGGAUAAGUUGGCUUCAUGAAGGUGAUAGGAAUACCAAGUUUUUCUAUGAUUCAGUGAGGGUCAAAUGCAGAAAGCUGGUGAUUGAUAGGAUCAAAACCCCCUCGGGAGAGAUCUUAGAUAAUCGAGUCAACAUUGGAAGGGAGGCAGAGGCCUAUUUCAAGGAUCUGUUUUCAGCUCAAAGCAGGACGGAUAAUGAGGCCCUGUUAUCAUCCAUCCCAGCUAUAGUCACUGAGCACAUGAAUACGGACCUAAUGACACCUUUAAUAAUUGACGAAGUGAAAGCCGCGGCAUUAUCCAUUCCGAUUGAUAGCGCUCCAGGACCCGACGAUUUUGGAGGAACUUUUUUCUCAUCCUGUUGGGAUAUCAUUGGUAGUGUUAUCUAUGAGGCAGCGAAGGAUUUCUUCUCAGGUGUACCCUUGCCCAGAGCCUUUCAAUGCACCCACAUUUGCUUAAUUCCUAAGAAGCCUAAUUCAGAAACUAUUGCUGACUUCCGUCCCAUUAGUCUAAGCAAUGGCAUUAUGAAGAACUUUUCAAAGAUUACUGCUACUAGAUUGGCUUCCAUCCUGUCGUCAAUCAUAUCUGAAGAACAGGGGGCAUUUGUGAAGGGGAGAUACAUUGCGAAGAAGAUCUCGAUUGUGAGGGAAGUGGCCAACGAUUUGGACCGCAAAGUAUUUGGAGGGAACAUGAUCCUCAAGCUAGACAUGGAGAAUGCUUAUGAUCGGGUUGAUUGGGAGUUCCUCGCCCAGGCACUUUGGUUUCUUCCCUUCAUCCAGAGGUUUAAGACAAGGGGACCCACUCUCCCCCUCCUUAUGACGAUUCUCUUCUUGAAUGCCAGGUUGACAACAGUGUGCUCCAUGCUUAAAUUCAUAGGCGAAUAUGAAGAUCUGUCCAACCAAAAGGUGAAUGCUUCCAAAUCUGCAUUCAUCCUUUCCAGGAAGGCUUUGCCACCCAAAGCCCAUCGAAUUGUGCGUAUGACAGGGUACAUGCAAGCCUACCUCCCUUGCACUUACCUGGGUAUUCCUCUAACCAAAGGGAAAAUCCAGGCGCCUCUCAUGAUGCCGCUUAUCCACAAAAUUCUAAGCAAGAUGGAAGGGUGGAAAGUUAAAAUCCUCAACCCAGCUGACAGACUGACUCUCAUCAAACAUGUUCUAUCAAGCAUCCCAAUCCAUGUCCUGUCGACAGUUAAUAUUCCCAAAGCAACAUGCAGGAUGCUUGAAUCUGGCCUGGUUAAUUUUUUCCGGGGACUACGGAGGGAAAAAAGAAGAAGCACUGGCUGA